GGAGGCGCUGCCAAUGGAAAUAGCUCACUAACAGCAACGAGCCAGAGAACCGAGCCUGCCUCUAUGUCAGGGCCACUUACCUGCAAAGUGCGCAUCGAAGAUGAUGACCAUGAACGGCAAGCAGCAUUUCUCUAUGCACCCUGUGCUGCAGGAGCCCAAAUACUCUGGCCUGCACGCGAGUUCGGAAGGCAUGCGCAGAGUUUGUCUGCCUGCCCCGCAGCUCCAGGGCAAUAUCUUCGGUGGCUUUGAUGAGAGUCUACUGGCACGCGCGGAAGCUCUGGCGGCUGCUGACAUAGUCUCUCACGGCAAGAGUCACCAUUUCAAGCCAGACGUGACUUACCAUACCAUGAGUAGUGUCCCCUGCACCUCCAACUCCUCUACGGUGCCCAUCUCCCAUCCUUCCACCCUGACCUCUCACCAACACCACCACCACCACCACCUCAACCAGAGCUUAGAGGGGGAUCUUCUGGAUCACAUCUCAUCCAGUCUCUCAGUGAGCGGGAUGGGGGCUCCGGAUUCCUCUAUGAUUACCACGCACCAGCACCACCUCCAGACCAUGGGUCACCUCCACCAGGCUAUGGCCAUGGGUCAUCCGCACUCUCUAUCUGUGCACAACGGAAUGUCGUGUGUCAACGACGUGGAGUCAGAUCCUAGGGAGCUGGAAGCCUUUGCUGAGCGGUUCAAACAAAGGAGGAUAAAGCUCGGAGUGACGCAGGCGGACGUUGGCUCAGCCCUCGCCAACCUGAAGAUACCCGGGGUGGGCUCUCUCAGCCAGAGUACAAUCUGCAGGUUUGAGUCCCUCACCCUCUCUCACAAUAAUAUGAUUGCGCUAAAACCUGUCCUCCAAGCCUGGCUCGAGGAGGCCGAGGCUGCUUACCGGGAGAAAAACAGCAAGCCAGACCUUUUUAAUGGUAACGAAAGGAAACGAAAACGCACUUCGAUAGCCGCACCUGAGAAGCGCUCGUUGGAGGCCUAUUUCGCGAUCCAGCCCCGUCCAUCUUCGGAAAAAAUUGCUGCAAUUGCUGAAAAGCUGGACCUUAAAAAGAACGUGGUUCGUGUGUGGUUUUGCAACCAACGGCAAAAACAGAAAAGGAUGAAAUAUUCCGCUGUGCAUUAGUUCAUUAACAUUAUGCAUAACAUACGACAUUUUGAAGAGAUAACAGGGAUCUAUCAACAUUUCAUCAUGUCCGACUGGAAUUUACAACCGAGACUCUAUAGAUUUAUUUAAAUGUUCAUUAUGUUGUCUCGUUCACUUUUUUUGUCCUCUAAAAGGCACAUUUUUUUUGUUGUAGAUUGGAAUGAAACGUGUCGUGCUCAUGGUCUCUUGGAUUAAGUUUUCGUUGUUGUUGCUUUUACUUGACUGCAUAUCACAACUCUCUUCAAUCACAUAACUAUAACAAAUAGGCCUAUAGAAAAUGACCUAUCUCUAUCAUGUGAGAUGUCCUGUUGAAUGCUCGUAAGUCCGGUUAGUUGUUUGGACAAUUUAAUGAAUUACACCAACAUUUUCACGUUUACUGUAUGUCUCGGACUGUUUGGAUUCAUACUUGUAUAGGAUGGAAUUAAUGUGUUUUCACUCUAUAGGUGUAACACACCCCCUUAAAAAACAUAUUGCAAAUGAAUAUGCUCUCUUUGUGAACUAGCUGAACUUCGUUGAAAAAUUAAUUCACAGUUGUGUGCAAAAGAGGAAAAUCACAUUUCACAAUAUUAAUGACACAACACGAGUUGAUUUUCUUUAAUAAUUUUCAAGAUGUCACUAUUUUAACUAAGGCACGUCAAACGGGCAUGGGAAAGCUGCUAUAUUUUGACAUUACGUAUUUUGAUGUGAACAUGUAAAACAGUUUGGAGUAUCACUGAAAUAUUGUGAGUAUUUUUCUUCACUCUUGAAUUUCACUUGACAAAAUGUGUGAAGUUGAAAAUAAAUGAAUAAAUCAUUGAAUAUUUUAUAAAAUUCAGUUGAAUCAGAAAUUGAUUAUUUUGAUUACAUUGUACAUGCUUAAUUUGUGUUUUUGUCAGUUUUAGAUAAUUAGACCUAGCAUUAACACUUCAUUUAAAGACAGGAAGAAAAAGUUUACCMAGGCUUAAAGUAAUUUUMCUAUUUGUGUGAGUCUAUGUUAAAUACAAUAUCUCUUUCGUUUCUGGGGUUGGAGUAAGGGAAUAUUGACUCAGGGUUUGUUCUUCCGUGGUCUUUGAAUAAAUCAUGCCUCAAGAUAAAGAUGGGCAAUAAAAUCAUUGUAAAACCUUGA